CCGGAGGGUUUCUGUUUCGCACCUUGACCACCAAGAAUUCUCCUUGCGGGGAACCUUGCUCAGUAGACUCCAGUACUGACUUUACGCUGUCACGAAGGCCUCAGCAUUAACAAACAACUGGUUUUGGACACGCCACUUCACCGUUCAGCGCAAACAAGCGUCUGAGAGCCCACCUCGAACGCCAACAGCCACCGAAACAGAAGUUAAAAGUGGCGACGGGAAGUUCGUAUUGCUCUGGGGAUGGUGAAUUAAGACUUGUUACAUUAUCGUGGCAUAUCAAUAGCUGUAUCGAAGGUAAAGGGCAAAGUGCUUCUCUCCGCAAAGUAAAGUAAAGGACAACAACAUUAACACGAAGGUAAACUGCCUUCGCUUCGUCCUCCUCAAGACCUCCCAACUGCCUCUACCCUUCUUCCACAAUGGACUCUCCUCAGUUCCUGGCGAGCAUAUCAGCGGCUGGCAAUGGUGCCAAGAGCAAGAAUGGCAACGACCCUCCUCUCCGUCAAGGGAAAUGGACGCGAGAGGAGGAAGAGUAUGUUGCUUGUCUCAUCGAUGAAUUCAAGACGGGCAUGAUGCCGCUUGCGGAGGGCACUUCGCUGCGUACCUUUCUCUCCAAGAUGCUGAAUUGUCAUCCUAUGCGAAUCUCCAAGAAGUUUGUUGGCUCCAACUACAAUGGCAAACAGGUCUACGCCCGUCGAACGGGCAGCGAUCGGUUGAGCAACGAACAAGUUCGAGAACGACGAGCCAAGCUCUGUGACCUGGAACGCAAGUUUUUGGCCAAGAUUCAAGGCAAAACGGGAGCAUCGGCCACACCCGCGGCACAGCAGCAGAUGCAGCAGCAAAUGCAAGCGAUGCAACAGCAACGGCAGCAGACUUCUGCUAAUCCUCAUCUUUCGUUGACCUCGUUGGGUGGAGGCGGUGGGAUGGGAUCCGCAGGUGGCAUCAACCGUGUCAGUGCCAGUGGCUUGGAGCUGCGAAACCUGCUCAAUCAAGCCUCGAAUCCUUCUGGUGCCGGCCUUGCGGAUCUGCCUCGCAAUGUCAGCUUGUUGGGCGCUGGACACCCGAGCAGCGGCAGUCUCGCGUCAAGUCACAGCCUGUCCGGUCUGUUUGCCGAUCUCAGCAACAGCGCUGGCAACAUGGCUGGCAUGGGAGCGGCUGGCUUGAACACUUCCAAUUCUCUCGAGGCCUUUCAAAUGUUCAUGCAACAGCAGCAGUCCACGAAUAAUCCUCUUCUUUCAGGCACCACUCAGCACACGCACAAAUCCAACUCAAGGGCCGCGGCUGCUGGGAGGGCUCUGCUCCAAAGUGGCGGUGGUCUCGGAUUGGGUGGAGGCGACGGAGGCGGCAACGAUAACGAUGAUGAUCAAAAGGCGGCAGCUGCAAAGCCAGCUGCUUCGCCCGGUGGUAUCAACGGCAAGCCACUGGCAGACUUUUCCAGUGCCGAGCUUGCCGCGGAAUUGAGGAAGCGGUCUUCCCUCAAGGAUCUUGUGGCCAGUCUCGGUGGCGGCGGCGGAAACAUCAGUCAAUCUUCCCUGGCCAAUUUUCAAGACUCUAUUCAGCAAGCUGCCGGGGCAUCGCAGAAUGCCAGUGCCUUUUCCACCCUCAUUCGCAACUCUUCACUGGGGUCUGGCAUUGACAUGUCCAACCUCAUUGAACGACAAGGCAGCAUUGAUUCGCUUUCGAACUUGGCUAUUCGGUCCCGUCUUCAGUCGAUUCAAAGCAUGGGGUCCUUGCUGGACCCUUUGUUGGGAGAUGGCAAGAAAGCGGCUACUGGAUCCGGCGGCGAAAACAACAACAGCAAUUGGACUCCUAGUCAAGCAGCUGGCUUGGGACAUUCGUCUGCAGCGUCGUCCUCGAUCAUGUCGUCGCUGAACAUGAACGAGCUGGACUUGCUGGCUGGCAAGCUGGGAGGUGGUGCAGGAUCUUCCGCAACCGCCAGCAAUCUCAUGCAAUCCUUGGGAUCAGCAGAGCAAAUCCGAACGGCGUUCAGCAACAGUGGUCUCAACCUCGCGUCCUUGCUGAACAAUGACGACGCCUUGCGACGAUUGGAAGCUUCCGCGCCGUCCUCGUUGAAUCAAAACUUUAGCUUUUCUGCAGCAGCAGCGGGGGCUUCGAAGCGAGACAGCCUCAGCUCCAGAUCGGAACGAGACCGUGGUCGUUCGGACCCACCAGCGGCGGGAGGAUCGGACGAGAACACUGCAAUUGCGCAGUUCCUUCUGCAGAAGAAGCUGCUGGAGCAACAACAGCAGCAGGGUGGGAGCCGUGGCAAUCUGUUGGGCGGGAACGGUGGUGGCGGCAACAGCGAACAAGAACAUUUCAUGCGAAGUGUGGCAGCUGCAUCCGGAGGUGCUGGCAGCAGCCGUGCUGGUAUGGAUCCCAUCAUGUCAUCUCUCCUGUCAUCCAUGCAGUCCGGAAACGGUAAAAGCCGACAAGGAGGUACUGACCCGGAUGGCAAAUCUCAGGAAGCGGACAAUGAGAGUGGCACGAUGGAAGCUCUCAAGCGGAAAUACCUUUCUGGUGGUGCGGGACAAGGAGAUCUCAUGGCCGCGAUGGAGCAACAUCGAAGGAAUAAACCGUUCCGAUGAACACAUUGCUUGACUAACGCAUAGUUAGCGUGCUUUGUGCAAAACUAUAAUAAUGUUUCAUCUUUAUAU